AAUGAAAUUCUUAUUUUUAACAUGUCACUCAACUCUACUUUUAAAAAGAAGCUACUUCUUCUAUAUAUUAAGGGCCCAAGAUCAAUUUAUUGAUCAUUUUGGCUCCUAGAGGGGAUUUGCAAUGUUUCUGUGCCUGGUACAUUUGAUACAUCAGUACAGUGGUAGGAAAAUUGCACCUCGUUAGCGGCUCUUUAGCAAACUGAGUGCAGCUCUGCCAGUCGGCGACAAACUGGUUUACCACUAUUUGGUGCUGACAAAACGAAGGCUAUUCAAAACUCUAGGCCUGGUGCCAAAGUAAAAUUCUAUGUGCCGAUAAUACACACACAAAAAAAAUGUGAUUUAUAAUUUUCAAUUUCAUAUUUAAUAGUUUUUUUGUUUUUUUUAUUCAUAAGCAUUUAAUAUAUUGAUCCUUGUAGUUUAAAAUUUCAAUAUUUUCAAUAGUCCCUUUUUUACAAAUUAAGUUUUGUAAUUAACCCCUCCCCCCCACUACACACACAUUCUCUCAUUUUUUUCCGCUUUCGACUUGAAGAUGUAAGGAGAAGAAAUUGAUAGAAUUGGCACUGCUACUUUUAUACGCUGUUAUGAUUAUUCAGGGCCGUAAGUCUGAAAAACGUAGGGAGAAGAAAUUGUCACUGCUACUUUAAUAUAAUGUUAUUAGUUUGUACACAGUAAAUCGCUGAAGGGACAUGUGUCCCUUUUAAUAUAUAUAUAUAUAAUAGUAUAGUCAUACAUAACAUCUUUAGAAUGUCUAGCUAUGAUAUAGAUUUUAAAGACACUAUUUUUAACGUCAAAUUUAUCUCGUAAUUUGCUCAAUAUUGUAAGAUUUUCGUUUUCGACGAUGAAAAUCCUGGCUUUCACCUUUGCCGGGAACAGAUCAUCGGUUGUAAAUUACCAAUUACCUGGGCAAGCCGAAUAAAAAAUCUCCAUUUACUGACCCAAACCGUUUCAAGUGGUCAGCUGGAGUGAAGCCCGUUCUCCCAUUUAUUCAAAAACACAUUUUCUGUUAUCAAUUUUCACUUUCAAAUUUAUGAGAAAUUUGACUAGGGUGCAUUGAGAUCCAUCACAUCAUAACGAUAUAUUUAAAACACUGCAGACAGACGACUAAAGAUUUUCCUUCACAUCUGGCUUCAAUACGUGGUGACUCAUUGGCCCCGGAAUCGUGGAGAAGACCUAAGAUCCUGGACGUCGCCUGCCAUUUCUGUAAGACACGAUCAUUUCCGCAUGCCAAAUAAAGAAAUAAUUCAUGAAUCUAUUUCAAAAAUUACAUAUGUCACCUCUUGUAAAUUAAAAUAUGACCACAAUGACAAAGUGAUAAAAGUAAAAAAAAAAAAAUUAUGUUUAUCAACACUAGGCAUAGAUACAAUCUGCAUAGUACUUGCAUUGUUUUCAUUAAACAGACAAAGACAUUUGAAGAUCGAUGCCUCAGUUGUGAGAGUGUGUUCGUUAAGAGAUGUGAUGUGACCUUUUUCGGACCUCAAUGGGGAAUGGGUAACUCUUUGUUAUUAGCUGAUGAUGUUCGCUCAAUGAUCAUUGAACAGUGGAUGACAUUGAUUUAGCGCACAUUGAUGCAUUUUCAGUUGCGAUUGGGUGAACACGAAAAUCGGAUUUCAGUUAAGAGAUAAAAGUGACACACCAUUUUACUUACUAGUUAAUAAAAUGUUAUCUGCUUAUUUAUAAUCACAUCACAAGCUGGACAUAUGAGCUGAACACAUGAGCUGGACAUAUGAGCUGGACAAAUGAGUUGGACAUUUGAUUUGGACACAUGAGCUGGACAUAUGAGCUGGACACAUGACUCGGACACAUGAGUUGGACAUACGAGUUGGACACAUGAGUCGGACACAUGAGUUAGACAUACGAGUUGGACAUAUGAGUCGGACACAUGAGCUUGACACGUGAGCUGGACACAUGAGUUGGACAUACGAGUUGGACACAUGAGUCUGACACAUGAGCUGGACACAUGAGUUGGACACAUGAGCUGGACACUUGAGUUAAACACAUGAGUCGGACAUACGAGCUGGACACAUGAGUUGAUUUACACAAAAAGGCAUUAUUGACACAUAUUUAAAUGAGGACAUAGAUACAAGGGGGAAUGACCGUUACAGAAUUUGAGCAGAUCUUCCACAUCUUAUAUUCCGUAACAUUAAACAACGUCACUCCGACGAACGUACACAUUGAGCAUGGCGAACGUACACAUUUAAUUAUGACAAAAAUACACAUUAAAUAUCAGGACACAUGAGCUGGACACUUGAGUUGAACACAUGAGUCGGACAUACGAGCUGGACACAUGAGUUGAUUUACACAAAAAGGCAUUAUUGACACAUAUUUAUAUGAGGACAUAGAUACAAGGGGGAAUGACCGUUACAAAAUUUGAGCAGAUCUUCCACAUCUUAUAUUCCGUAACAUUAAACAACGUCACUCUGACGAACGUACACAUUGAGCAUGGCGAACGUACACAUUUAAUUAUGACAAAAAUACACAUUAAAUAUCAGGAAUGUACAUAUUAUAUCUGACUCAUGUACACAUAAAAUAUGUUGCAUGUACACAUUAAAUCCUAUAGUUUACUUUCCUUUCUGGGCAUUUUAUGAAGACCAAGAUAAUAAUGUAACUAUAUUAUUGGAUCGCUUUUUAUUAUUUCGUUUUCAAAUGUACGGACAAUCAGCUGGACAUUAUUCACUAUAUCCAAAGUGAUCUACGGAUAGAUUUAUCUUCUUUAGUAUGCAAAAUGCAGGGACAUAUAUUAUUAAAAAUGCUUUUUUUUUUCAAAUCUCUUAAUGUUUGACUUAUACUCAGAACUAACUUACCAGAUCCAUUAAAGAACAACUUACCAGAUCAAUGCUAGAACUAAGUUACAAGAUCCAUAGCAGAACUAACUUACCAGAUCCAUAUCAGCAGCCAUGUUUUUAUAAAUAAUUAUCAUUUUUAAAUUCGAAAUAACAAGGCGCAACACACACAUUUUUAAAUUUAUUUAUUCCGUUUUAGCUUACGUGGAUAAAUUAUUUACCAGACCGUUCACAACUUCAAAAAUGUAGCAAUUUCCUCUUCAGAAAAACAUGGGUGCUGGAACUCAUAUAAGAGGGGCAUUUUAAAAGAGAAAGUCAAUUUUAAGAUUUUUAAAAAUUCUAACAAAGAAGCCAAAUUCAGAACCAAAAAGCAAACAACGGAAACUGAAUAUUUCUAUUCAGGUAAACAAUGAUACAAUUUGGUAUCUUUUAAUUUAAAAAAACAAAAAAAUUGAAAGAAUAAUUGUUAAAAUUUACCAGGAUGAUUUUAAUAUUUUAAAAAUUAUAUAUUUACCAAACGUACUUUUAACUUAACCUUUUAAAAUUGAGCUGAUAUUGGGUAGAGAGUACACUUCGGUUGUACAAGGUUUCUCUGUAACAUUUUUUUUAAUUAAUCGCAGCGUAUUUCAUUUAUUGAUUUAUCAUUUCAUUAGAACUUUGCUCAAUGUUAUUUUGUAUAGAUUAAACUUUAGAAUUGUGAUAAAUACUCCUGAAUUAACGAACAAAUUGAUAUCUUUUUAAAACUUAAAUAUCAAACAGGAUUUUCCAAAUAUAACUUGUUCGGAGAAAUUCUUGUUUUGAACUAAACAUAUUUUAAAAAGAAGUUACCUCGCCAAGGCUUGUAUCUGAUCUGCCGUGAUGUAAUAUUUGUACCCAGCGUCUCCCACUAAUAUGGGCUGGGUGUAUUACUUGUUGCUGAUGUGCCGUGGUGUAAUGCUUGUACCCAGCGUCUCCCACUAAUAUGGGCUGGGUGUAUUACUUGUUGCUGAUGUGCCGUGGUGUAAUAUUUGUACCUAAUGUAUCACGCCAUUAUGGGCCGGGUGUACUACUUAUUGAUGAUGUACCGUGGUGUGUUGUUUGUUUGUACCCAGCGUACCUCGCUAACAUAGGCUGGCUGCACUAAUUAUUGCUGGUGUGCCAUUAGUGUCAUGGCUUUUUAAAACAGAAACCAGCUUAUCAAGCCAACACUGGAAGGGCGUACAUCUCACUGUUCAGUAGGACAUUAUUUAUUCAAACAGUCGUAGGAUGAUGUUUGCUCCUAUCUCAGAAGACGUUGCCGCCAGCAGUGUGUAAGUGCUACAAGGCAGGAUUUCCAUUUUCUGAAUGGGACACAGGACAAUGGUGGCGCCAGGAAGUUAUGUGUCUGUCCUUAUAUCUGUGCAGGACGACGGAUAUCGAUCAGGCCCUAGACAAACUGUAUUAAAUAAGCUUUAUGCUAAUUUUCCGUAUGCUUUUAGUAAGAAGGUUGUAUCGGACACCAGAGUGAAUUUUGAUGGAAAAAUAAAUCCAUCUCAGAUUAUUAGCAAGACGACAGUGUACUGGGAAUAAGCAAGACUGUGUAAAGUGCGAGAAAUUGUAACACAUUUCAAAGUCAACAACGCUUUUGUAAAUUGUAAUUUAGCUUGACACAAAUUAAUUGUUAUAGAAACACUGCAAUAGAGAGAAUCUUCUGAUACUCAUGUGUAAUUAAAAUAAACGUCUAUAUACUGAAUUCUGCUUACUGGGGAAAUCAAUGAAAGUUUUUACCAGAUCGUAAUAAGUAAUUACCAAUGCAUAUUCAAUACACUUGUAGGUCAUUGCUUUUGAUGGCAUCGUGGUAAUUCACCGUGUUUUAACUAUAAUGGGAGACGGGCCGCCAUCUUUUGAUUCCCCGACUUACCUAAUGUACGAUACUGACUCGCUUGCGUCUAAUGUAGGACAUUGACUCGCAUUUGUCUCAUGUGCGUCAUUGACUCGCGUGCGUCUAAUGUACGACACUGACUCGCUUGCAACUCAUGUACGAUAAUGACUUGUCUGCGUCUCAUUUACGGCACUCACUCGCAUCCGUCUCAAAUACGGCACUGACUCUCUUGCGUCUCAAAUACGGCACUGACUCUCUUGCGUCUCAAAUACGGCACUGACUCUCUUUUGCGUCUCAAAUACGGCACUGACUCUCUUGCGUCUCAAAUACGGCACUGACUCUCUUUUGCGUUUCAAAUACGGCACUGACUCUCUUUUGCGUCUCAAAUACGGCACUGACUCUCUUUUGCGUCUCAAAUACGGCACUGACUCUCUUUUGCGUCUCAAAUACGGCACUGACUCUCUUUUGCGUCUCAAAUACGGCACUGACUCUCUUGCGUCUCAAAUGUUUGGAAGCGGAUCUCAUAAUAUAAACAAUAGGUUCUUUGUUAUUCUCUUUCAUUUACAAUGCAUUUUAUUUUCAACUCCACGCAAGCUCUCUGGUAUCAUUGGUUUUUUCUCAAUUAUUAUUCAUCGUAUUGUUUACUUUAUAAACAAAGACUUCACGUAAAAGCAUACAUAAUUUACUUGCCCUUAAAAGGCAAAGGCUUUACUUGAAUUCAGUCAAAAGCUAAUACAUAGCUGUAUUCUUAGAAACCAACACAUGAGUGAAUUUAAAGAUCUUAAUCUUGUUAUUGUUUGUCAAUUUCAAAGAAGAACUAUUAAUACAUAAUUUUUUUUUUAAAGUAUGACUUAAAUUUAAAAAAAAAAACAAUGAAAGUAGUGCGAUUGUCUCAAGAUUCCUUACACAGUGCUGUGAGAUCAAUUGUGCAACUGUUGCAGCCUGUUUGUUCACUUGCUUAAGUCGCUUGUUUGUUUCCGUCGCGUGGUGAUCACGAUGUCUAACUCAUAGAUUAGGAAUGAUUGGGUACAAGUGUUUUAAAAGAGGUCUGUUUUUUAGUGUUACAGUAUUUCUUUUAAUACUGCGCUGUGGACAUGGAAUGUACAUUUAUUUUUUUAUAUAUUAUGUUGGUGAAAAUACACUAGGAGGUAAAAAGAAAAUAAUGCCAUACUAUUAAGAAGUAUCUAAUGUUCAGUAAGUAAGAUUUUUAACAUUAAAAAUAAUCUUAAUUGCAUAUAACUAAAAGAAGACCUAUAUUUCUUUAACAUGCAGUCUUCAAUGAGAAUAUCUGCGUUCAUUGUUUUUGCUUUGAUCACUUCUAAUUUGAAUAUGUUUCAAGCGCAAACAUUUCAACAGGAUCGAGGAAUUUUCCUAAAGUUUAUACAGCAAAAAUUCCUUGUAUUGAAAACUCCGUUGUCUAGUUUAAAUAUAGCAUUGCUAUUUAGUGACAGGAACGGAUGUGUCUCUUACUGUUUGACUUACUCGUCUUGUAAAAGUGCAAAUUUUAGAAUCUCCACUGGGGAGUGUUCAUUGUUUGGAGUAAAUAGUUGGGAAAUUGAGUUCACCAUCGUUUCAGACAUUGAUAACAUUAUCAUACAAAAAAUUGCAGACCCUGUUGUAACUCACGGAAACUGGACCUUGGUAUUCAGGUAAGUAUUGAUAAAUAUGUAUACAUCAAAAUAAUUUUUACAAAUUCAAAAAAAUAUAUCAACUGAAAAAUGUUCCUUAUGAGGCAUUAAAAUUUAUUAGUGGGAGAAACACUUAUAUGCGCGUGGUCUUAAGUUUUAGUUGUUUCUAGGUAUUGUAGUUUAGUCGGCUGCAGCUUGUUUUAUAUAUUUUUUUUUUUUUAAAUUUCAAAAGUGAACUUUAUUUUGACUACUUUGAAUACCACCGAUGUUAAAUAUUUAGUUAUUUUAAAGAAAUUAGUUUAAAAAAAUAGAUUCUUUUGCUAUUCUAUCAGGGCCUUAGCAAAUAUUGGCAAGCCUUUUUAUGACUCUUACACUACCACAUCACUGGGCCAUGACCAGCCUCUAAGUCCCAUGUCAAUUUUGAAUAUGUUCCUUUGUGAUCUUACUAUUUUAUUUGCAUUAUAUAAGUUAAGUUAAUUCACGCAAAAAAAAAAAAAAAAAAAAUAAAUAAAUGAUGUUUCAAGGUAUUCGAGUGAACCUGCAACUUGUUUCAUAUAAACACACUAAACAAAGUUUGUUUCUUAUCUCAAACAAGCAAUUUUUUAAAUUUUUGAAUAAUACGUAUCUCAAAUAAGUUUAUGAAAAAAAAUAUUCUCGUUUAUUCUCUCAGGGGUUUAGGAAAUAUUGACAAAUCUGUGUAUGACGCCUACACGCACACAUCACUGGGCCAUGACCAGCCUCUGAGUCCCAUGUACACGAUUGGAUGUCUGCGACUGGACACGAAUCUGUCAUGUGACCACCACUUCCGUAGCAAUAUCCUAAACAAAUGGUCAAACCAGACCAUCACUGAGGUAAGAUCAACAACAACAACAACAAUUAUCCUAAAUAUUUAGUUUUUAAAUGUAAUAAACUCAAAGCUAUUUUAUGUUCGUAUCACUAAUGAUGGACUGGUAAAAUGUAGUCAUGCAGUUAACAGAGCAUUAAAAAAAUAUAACAGAUAACUAGGCAAAUACAGGUUUCUGUUUAAGUACGUCUAACUUCCAGGAGGGAGGGUGGUGGUGUUUGGAGGUACCAAGAUAUUCAUCCUAAUACACUGAUCGUUGUUUAUCCUUAAAAACUCUUGCUACGCACCUCUUUAAUAGAAAAACUAUGUUUCUCUCUUUGUCUCGAAUCGUUAUAGCAAUCUCUCUGCAGCUCUAUGGCCAUCGGCUUAUUUAGAGUCACUUUUAGAGACGUUUCCCGAAAGGGUUUCGAAAAGACUUUAAACUAUACUUGUCACCCAAAGUUCACGCACGAGACGUAUGAAAAAUAUGACGUAAACGCAAUGUAAACUAGGUCAACUUCCACCGUAACACUUUAUAUAAUAUAUGUUCCUUCUAGAACAAGGUUUAUUUUACUUCUCAGCCAAUGAUGUAGACUCAUUUGCUGUAACACGCUUUCAAAAAAAAAAAAAAAAAAAAAAAAAAAAAAAAAAAUAUAUAUAUAUUUCAUGUUCAAUUGUAUUUAUUUUUAAAUGUAUUCAUUGCUAAACACUGACAAUCAAUAUAACAUCACAGGGUUCCAUUAUUGCAAGUGCAACACUUUUUAAACAUAUAUUGACUUAUUUUAAUCAAAUAUUUGUAUCGGUCCCAUCGCCCGCCCAUUUGAAUUGUUUUCAAAUAAUUUUUUUUAAAAAGGAAACUAUAUAAAUGUUGUUUUAACAAACCAAAUUAACUAAGGAGGGGGGGGGGCGGGAAAGGACUACGCUUAGGGGACUUUUUUUUAAAACUUAUUUACUCUUUAAUCAUAAUCUAAGGAUUAAUGUUAUUUCUGAUGUUCAUUGACAAAUAAAAUACUAACACUGAUCUGCUUACGAAAUAAUUAACGUUAUUAAAUUUAAUUCAAAUAAUACACUUGUCUUCCGGAAAAAAACUGUUUACCUUUUAAUUUACCAAGAUCUAAAUAUAACUUUAAAGUGUGAGACCACCGUUUCGUUAGGUUUUUUACGAUUUUUUUUUUUCAAUAUUCAGACGUCCUAAGACGAAAUGAAUACAGCCUUACGUUUGACUUUCCAUUCGUUUCAUUUCUAGGUCAAGUUUGGAAUCUAUAAAGAUGGCGUCAUGGAAAAGUUCUUUCUCUUCAAUGGUUCCUCGUCAACGCUUCUCAGCUGGUUCUCGUCGGCUAAUUUGAUAGACAGCUCCUGGAGUGACCUGACGAGGUCACCAAUUAGAUCCUUCAGCAUCCAGGGCUACGCGGACCCCAAUUCCGUGCGUCGUAUGUACGUCCAGAAAUAUGAUCCAGGCUGCGAUGUCGACACCGGCUGGUUCGUCUGCGUUGACAAGGCGACAGACUGGUGCCCAUGGGGAAGGAAAGGACCCACUUUCCCGCGAUUCCUCUACUCUCCCGCCAACACCAGUGCCUGCAACAAGGACAUGACGGCUGCGGAAAUCAUCGCUAUUUUUAUCAAAUUUUGAAAUUUGUUCACGAACAAAUCAGUUUUUUAAUGAAAAUAUAUCAUAUUAAUUUACAAGCGUUCGAUUAAAUUUUAAUACAAAUUGAACCUGGUUGAAACAUGUGAUGAUUUCAUUGGACGGAAUUAGCUGUUGUUUCUUAUUGAACUCAAACACUUAAAAUUGGCUUAUGAUGUUCCAAUAAAAACAACAGUUGUGUUACGGUAUUCUUUUCUCCUGGCGUAAUUCAUUUAUACUGGCAGAAAAUUUAGAGAUUACUAAUCCGCUUAUUUUUAUGAAUAACCGAAAAAAAAGAUAUAAGACAGAACACGACACAAAUAAUACAAUAUAAGAUAAUCAAACAUAAAUAAGAUAAGACAUAUAUGAUAAUCAAGGUAAAAAAACGCCCAUAAGUCAGUAUGACAAUGCAUGUCCUGCCCUCUUUGAUGCUACUUCUAAGCUAAGUGCU